UGAUGAGUGAUUAUAACAAACUAAAGUUGUACAAAUUAACUAAACCAGAAACAUUCUCUUUGUCAUUUUAUGAUGCUUAUAAAGAAUACUAAGAAUGGCUUAACAAUUCUAACAAUCCUUAAAGACAACCGCGAAAAUCUCAUAAAUGGCAUUCUAACAUUACAGAUUAUUUUAAUUAUGGUUUUAAUGAACAUACUAUGCAAAUUUAUGUGCAUAAAAUUACAUAAUUAACAGAGACUUAUAGAAAGUAUAGACUAUAAUAUGCUGAAAAAUGUGAUAAUUCAAAAGAAACAAUAUUUAAUUCAGCUUAGGAAAUUAGAAGACUAUCCAAAGAUGUUUAUCCAAUUGAUUUAGGUGGAAUAUUUAUACCUGUUGAUGAUAAAGUCUUUGAUUUUGGUUUUAAAUUUUAAGUUGAAAAUUUAUAUGAAUAAUAUAAUAAUUAAUCUAGCAAUGAAAAAUUGUUGUAAAAUUAAUACCAUUGCACUGGUGAAGCAUUAAUAUUUAAAUCCAAAUUUAUUUCUGAUAUUUAUAGAAAAUAGGUAAAAGAUAUUUAAGAUCUCUAUAAAUAAUAUAAGAAAGAACAUUAAAGAGAUUUAUAUCUAUUAAAUACAGCAGUCAAAGUAUUUCCUAUUUAAAAAGAGGAUGAUUUUACUAAUUAAAUUGCAUAACUUGUUAAAAAUCUUGCUAUUAAAUAAGAAAAAAAGGAUAGACAUGAAAGACGUGAAAGAUCAAGAACACCUAAAAAGAAUAGAUCUAAUAAAAAUUGA